UAAAUUUUUUUAUUAUUUAAUGUAUUAUUUUAUUUAUACAGCACAUUUAAAAACAGCCCCAGCUGACCAAAGUGCUGCAUACUUUGACAAAAUCAAAGCAUAUCAAAUACACAAAAAACCAAAAGGACAUAACAGGGCACUGUGCAACAAAAAGACAUCUGAUACAGCAGUGGAUUACAAUAGAAAAAAUAUACAAAUAUAAAAAGUAUAUACAUAAAUAUUAAUGGUAUAUAAUAAAAGAAAAAGAAAAAAAAAUACUACAACCCAGGGUAAGCUAACGCAUUAAAAUGUGUAUUGAAGCUUAGAUUUAACACAGGUCACCUAAAGACCUGUCUACCCAGCAGGAGUGACAGAUAUCAGGACAUUAGUGUUUGCUGCUCAUGUAUAGUGUUCAGCAUUAAUGCACAUCUCACACUUGCAUGCUACAUGCCUGUCAUUUAGACCUCAAAUCUUUAGAAGACUUCAUGGAAGUUGGACCUUCAUACUGCAGGACAACAAGCCAGCUCUCAGCUAACCCUAACCCCUAUCCCUAACCCCUAACCCUAACUUAACCCUCUUCUCAUCCGGAUACAACGGCUUAAGAGAAACAAACACGCUAAAUAGGGUGACAACUUGACAAGGCAGAGGUGUUGACUUGCUUUAUCGCUGUGCACAACACAUAUUUGUUUGUGAUGUUAAUAUUUAAAAUAGCAAGAUGUUUGCAAGGUGAAUGCAAGUUAUAUUCUUAGGAACCUGGACAGACAAAAAAAUACCAGGACAAGAGAUUUCACAGUUAAGAGGCAGUUUUGUCUAAAAUUACAUUCCGUUUUCUCUGUUUUUAAGAUGGUUUUGAACCAACGUUAUAUUAAUAUAUCAACGCAGCAAAAUGAAAAUACGCCCUUUAACUAAAUUCAGCUGGUGAUAUGAAUCUGCAGUCUUUGCACUUUAAGAAUGACGAAGUUUUGACGAAUGAGGUGAAAAGCAUUAAACAGGAAGCUAUUUUGCAAAACCAAAUUUUUGAUUAGAGAAUUAGGGUUGAAGGGUAAAUUGACUGACUUUGUCAAACAUUAAAUCGCAAAAUGUAUUAUAAUGCUGUAAAUAUCAGCUAAAUCAAAGUGAAUCAUUUUGUACCAAUAGACUUGGUCAACAAUAACAAAUUCCACAUUUGUGCCUAUAGCUUCUACUGAGUCAUAUCUUUCAAAAAUAUUCAGAGACAGAUUUGACAGACAUGUAUCCAGAGAUGGCUAAUCCUGGACAUUAUAUCAUACCCUACAAGAGAAUGCCAGUUUAUAACCCACUUAUACCCAUGUCAAGGCAAGAACAGGUACGAGAACAUCCAUCCAUCCAUUUUCUAAAGGAUGGAGUUGCAAACUCAUCCCAGGGCACCCGCACACACUGGUCAUUCACACACAUACUGUACGAGAACAUGUAAACACAUAGACAUAUUUGAUAUGAAUGAAUAUCUAUCAAUCCAGUCACAGUCAGGUUGGGACAUAUCCCAGGAUGCACUGAGCACAAGGCAGGGGACACCCUGAUAGGGAUGUCAGUUCACCACAGGGAACACUCAUAUAGCAUGGGGAAUUUCAAGACAGCCAUUAACUUAACUGUAUGCCUUUUAACUGUGCAGAGAAUGGAGAUGAGGACUCAGCAUGCUAACCAAAAGCUCACUCUUUUAUCCUGAAGGGUUAUCUUCACAACUUUCUUCACAACCAGACUCUAUAUGGAGAAAGAAGUUAUUGUGAAGCUGAUAGUAUGUCACUGUUAUUGUGCAAGGGCUCUGCUGGGUGGAGCAAUGGAAAUUUCUUGCCUACACAAAGAUACAGCAGAAAAACCAGUCAUAUAUAUGUCUCUCAUAAGUAGGGGCUACUAACGAUCUGUUCCUUUGUUGUUGUUCUUCACUGAAGCUUCGUUCCUCAUCAUCGUCUGCUUGCCCUGUUACUGAUGAUGGACAGCCUUGACUACUGGGAUGAUUUAUGCCAGCUUAAUGACACAGACUGCAGUGACCUGCUGCCGGAGACCCCAUCCCCGCUCGGCCCAAAUCAGGUGGCUGCCCUGGUCUGCUACAUGCUGGUCUUCCUGCUUGGCGUCCCUGGCAAUGGCCUGGUCGUGUGGGUCACUGGCUUCCGGAUGCCUCACUCCGUCAACUCGCUGUGGUUCCUGCAGCUGGCCCUGGCUGACCUGCUCUGCUGCUUGUCCAUGCCCUUACUGAUGGUACCACUGGCCCAGGACCAGCACUGGUCCUAUGGCCUGCUGGCUUGCAAGAUCCUUAGCUGGCUGCUCUACUUUACCAUGUACUGCAGUCUGCUCCUGUUGGUGCUCAUCAGCCUGGACCGCUGGCUCCUGGUGAGCCGGCCCGUCUGGUGCCAGAACUGGCGGCGGCCGGGCCGGGCGAGGUGGGUGUGCGCGGGGGUGUGGCUGCUGGCGCUUAUCAGCAGCACGCCUCACUUCGUCUUCAUGACGGAGCAUCACCAUGGCGACAAGGUGAUAUGCACUGCCAGUUACAGCCUGCAAACCGCCUGGAUCGUCAUCAUGCUGCGUUUCAGCUUGGGGUUCCUGCUCCCAGUCCUCAUCAUCGCCAUGUGCCACUGGGUGGUAUACAACAGGGCACGCAGCACUAGCCGGGGGGGCGUGGCCCGCUCCCAACGCACGCGCCGCAUCAUCUGCGCCGUGGUGCUCUGCUUCGUGGCAUGCUGGCUGCCCCUCCACAUUGUUGACAUCCUGGUGCUGAUGGAGCCCCGGGAUUCCCCCAACAUGCCCCAUCUGCGGCUGGCCGAAGUGCUGACCCUCUGCCUGGCGUAUUUCAACAGCUGCCUCAACCCGCUGCUCUACGUCUGCUUGGGCCGUGGCUUCAAGGACAGCCUCUCACGCUCCCUGCGCAGCGUCUUCAACUUCCUGUCUGAUGAGCCCAGUCACCAGCAGAACCGGAGCUUCACCUUGACCCAGAGCCAAACCAAGUCCACCACAGAGACCUUGGAGAAAACCGUGUGACUGGGGACACCCGGUGGCCAAGAGGACAGUCCAGACAAGGCUCCAGUCCUUUCACAUACACAGCCCAGCCAGUCUUGCUAUUGAAUAUCUUGCCACAUGUCAUGUCAUAUAUUAAAUGUCAGCUUACCAUAGCUCCCUGGGCAGAUAAACAUACUACAAACUAAACUGACCUGCUCCAGCAUUAUGCUGAAAGCACUAUUUAAACAAUUCACAGUCUCAAAAUCAGUGUCAGCACAACAUAGCUCUUAGAAAAAGGGCAGCUGUCAGGACCUGUCAUGUCCCCAUUUGGCCAGCAGAGGUCCUGGUCAUCCUGUAAUCACUUAAUUGUUUCCCAGCCUAAUGUGUUAACCAUCCACACCUGUCUUUGGUUUGCUAAUUGUGAUCUGUGUAUGUAUGCGCCUACCCUUGCCUUACUCCCCAGAUCAGUGAUAGUGGUUGGCAUCUUUGUUAGUCUGUCGUGCAAGGGUAGAGCUUUAAGAUACCUAUCCUUUGUUUGUCCUGCGUCUGCUUCGUUCCAGUCCCUCCUUUUAGUUCCUCCUCAUCUCUUGUUUGACCCCUCGAGGUCCUGUGAGUUCCUGUUGAUGUUUAUAUUUUGUAUAAUAAAGCCCCCCCUUUACAACCCUCA